AUGAGCAUUAUGCUCCUGUUAGAUAACCUGCCAAUUAGCGGAAACUUUGGUAACCUGGAUGGUUUGGGCUAUAUAAACCCAACACCAGGCCUUGUCUUCCUCACUCAAAAGUCUCUAACUAUUAAGAGAAAACUUUUUUACUCCUUUCAAAAUAACACUCUGCUUAGUUUCAAAUCACUCGAAAUGGCCUCUUUCAAUUGCUUUAUUUUAGCAUUCUUCAUGGCUUUGUCAUUUUCAAGCAUCAACGCUGGCCUAGCUGCUCGUCAUCUUCUCCAGCUGCCACCUUUGCCACCAAUGCCGACUUUGCCUGGAGCAACGUUGCCACCGUUGCCAUCUAUUCCAAAUCUCCCACAGCCAACAAUCCCAACAUUGCCGCAACCAUCACUUCCCAAGCCCAGCACUCUACCUCCACUUCCUAGCCUGCCUACACUGCCUACCAUUCCCACUGGCCCGAAAGUCACCCUGCCACCUCUGCCUAGCUUGCCCUCCAUCCCCACAAUGCCAACUACCAUUCCAUCCAUCCCAUUCUUCUCCCCACCACCUGCAAAAACUAGCCCCUGAAAUUAUCCAGUUCGUGCUCCCAGAACCCUGAUACAAAGAGUUUGGACUAUGCGCGUUUGCUCUGGUGUGGUCUAUCUGUCUAAGGCCUUUUUGCACUUUAAGCUUGUAUUACCAGGGAAACAUAGAGGCUUUUAGGCUUUAGCCGUUCGUUUAUUUCACAAUUUCAGUGCUUUUUCUGUUCUUCUAUUUUUUCCCUUCCUUUACUCUUUUCUUUUUCCCUUUUUGCUGUUUUGCUGUUUUGCUUUUUCCACCAUACUUGUCUUCGCAAAUAUUAGAAGUUUGCUGUAUCAUUGGGUGUAUUGUAUCAUCAGAAAUCAGUUUAUGAUUAUAUAUCCAUAUUGUAAAAGUUUAUUGAUCUUUACCAUCUACUUCUUUUAUUGUUUUC